ACCCUCAGCCAAGCACUUGUGCCUGCAGGUGUCAGUGUGAAGAAGGGGCAUGAGCUGGUGAACAUCUAUUGCCCCGUCGUGGUCUCCAACGCAGGGCUGUUCAACACCUAUGAGCACCUACUGCCGGGGAAUGCCCGCUGUCUGCCAGGUGUGAAGCAGCAGCUGGGGAUGGUGCGGCCUGGCUUAGGCAUGAUGUCUGUUUUCAUCUGCCUGCAAGGCACCAAGGAGGACCUGCGUCUGCCAUCCACCAACUACUAUGUUUACUAUGACACGGACAUGGACCAGGCGAUGGAGCGCUACAUCUCCAUGCCCAGGGAAGAGGCUGCGGAACACAUCCCUCUUCUGUUCAUCUCUUUCCCGUCAGCCAAGGAUCCGACCUGGGAGGAGCGAUUCCCAGACCGGUCCAGCAUGAUCAUGCUCAUACCCAGCGCCUACGAGUGGUUUGAGGAGUGGCAGGCGGAGCCGAAGGGAAAGCGGGGCAGCGACUAUGAGACCUUCAAAAACUCCUUUGUGGAAGCCUCUAUGUCAGUGGUCAUGAAACUGUUCCCACAGCUGGAGGGGAAGGUGGAGAGUGUGACUGCAGGAUCCCCACUCACCAGCCAGUUCUACCUGGCUGCUCCCCGAGGUGCCUGCUACGGGGCUGACCAUGACCUGGGCCGCCUGCACCCUCGUGCGAUGGCCUCCUUGAGGGCCCAGAGCCCCAUCCCCAACCUCUACCUGACAGGCCAGGAUAUCUUCACCUGUGGGCUGCUCGGGGCCCUGCAAGGUGCCCUGCUGUGCAGCAGUGCCAUCCUGAAGCGGAACUUGUACUCAGACCUUAAGGAUCUUGGCUCUGGGAUCCAGGCACAGAAGAAGAAUUAGUUCCAUCAGGGAGGAGUCAGAAGAAUCUGCCCAAUGGCUGGGGCAUCUCCCUUGACUUACCCAUAAUGUCUUUCUGCAUUAGUUCCUUGCACAUAUAAGGCACUCUAAUUUGGUUCUGAUUCCUGAAGAGAGACCUAGUUUAAAUCACAAUUCCGAAUCUGGGGCAAUGGAAUCAUUGCUUCCAGCUGGGACAGGUGAAAUCUUUAAACCUUCCAUAAUAUGCCGUCCCUACUAACAAGAUAUUGACUUGGAUAGCUUGAUGUCUCAUGACGAGCAGCACUCUGCAUCCCUCACCCAUGCCUCCUCACUCAGUGAUCAAAGAGAAAAUUCCAUUGGUGGAUAGAACCCCUGGCAGUGUUGUCAGCUAAAGCUGGUGGGUUCAGUUCUGUCCUGAGGCCUCUGCUCUCAUUCACUUAGUGCUGUGCUGCACAGUUCUACACUGUCGAGGGAGAAGGGAGACUAAUGAGGCUUAACUCAAAA